AUGAGCUAUAAAAGAAUAUGGAAUGAUAAUUUCUCGUCUCCGAUACACGAAACCAAGGAGGAAUGCGAGUCCUUGAUGUUGGUUGCGGCUCAGGCGCCUGGAUUCUCGAUAUGGCUAAGGAAUAUCCUGCAUCAACAUUUUUGGGAAAUUGAAGCAAAAAUUCACAAUCCCGGUCCAAUUGCUAAAAAAUUUGGCGAUGCUGACAAAUCCGAAAAUAUUAUAGUGAAUAGCAAUAAAUUCGAAUUAAUAAAGAUCUUUGAAAAGAGAACACCGCUUGGAAACUGGCAGCAAGCAUCACAUGGAAUGAGGGCACUUGAGAAUACCGUAGCAGCAUUAAAUCUUUUCAAGUCGCAUUUAAAGCGGUGUUGGGUGUUGACGAUCACGAAUAUAAAGUAA